UUUCAGGAGUGUUUAUUCACCAAGCAUCGGGAUGAUACAGCUCUCCGUGUUUUCUGGAAUGGAGCCCUUCGCGUGCAUGGCUGCACUGGAUGUUGCAAGCGUUGGUAUUUCACUUUCAACGGUGCUGAAUGUUCAGGUCCCUCGCCAAUUGAUGGUCUUGUGUACUUGGGUGGAGUGUCAAGGAGCGCAGAUCCCCAUCGUGUCCGCCAUAUUGAGGGACACUGUACUAACGUCCAUAAGGGCAAGGUGCGCGUGGGGUUCUGGGUCGGUAAUUGCCCCGGUUAUGGAGAUGCAGACGCUUACAGUGGCUGGAAUUCGGCUUCCCGCGUCUACGUUGAGGAAGUGCCAAAACCUCAGGAGUAG